AUUUAGAACUCUAUACAGGCAAAGGAAAAUUGCUGCCUCCAGUGCCAUUGAGCUUGAUACCUGUACUCGAUCCAGCCGGUCACUGUAGGACAUGUGGCAGACCAUUCUACAAGGACGCCUAUCCUCUUGCCUGCAAUGAAAGCAACAUAGAUAACAAGGUGGGAGUAAACCACAAUUUCUUAGUAAGUUUUGUCAGACGGGCAAUUAGAGAGGCGUCAGUGGAUUUUGUUCUCAUGUUUGUACGUGGAGAUGCCGGCGUUCAUAUACAUCUGUCUUCCUGUUAGGUCAGGAUAACGACGACGACUAGGUCUAGUGCAUGUGAAUGAGUACCUACAGUACAUGCGAAUGGGUACCUACAGUGCAUGCGAAUGGGUACGUACCUACAGUGCAUGCGAAUGGGUACAGUACCUAGAGCUAGUGCAUGCGCGGUCAUUGUGAAUGACCUUGUAGCUCUGUAGCAUCCCGGUGGGUGUGCGCAUGCAUGGAUGCUAGUGUACAGUACAGUAUUGUCUCUUGCCUCGAUUUAGUGUGUGAAGACCGGCACUUUUAGACGUACUUUCUAGUGUCUAAUAGCUAACUUAUUUAUUCAUUAAGUUUCAUGUGUAUAUGCUAUCUUUAGCGGUGUCAUCAACCUUUGGAAUUUGAUAAAAUGCACGCCCCUGCCCGCUAUGCAAAUUAUUUAAUUUGUAGUUGCUGUUUGCUGGACAAAGUAGAAAGCGAACGCUGCGAGUCUUUGUGUGCAAGUUGUCAACCUCGUGUGCAAGUUGUCAACCUCGUGUGCCAUAUUUGUGUUCCGUCUCACUGCUGACGGGAUUAAAUAUGCCGCGUCCCGUCUGCGCUGUUUGUGUCAUCUACGCCGUUGUUAUACUCGUAUGCGCGUCGCAGACGCCGACACUUAAUCUGACAGGCCCGACAGCUCUUACUCCCGUUUGUGAGAGUACUCAGGCGUCUGUGUGCCUCGUGUACGGGUUGGUGCAAUGGGCUGCAGCUCCUGGUGCUGACUACCAAGUUGUUAUUUCUAUUCGACGGUCGAUGUUGCCUUUGCCGCUGGAGCUUCGUCGCGUAAGCGGCAAUGUGACAAGUUCACCAGUGCUGUUCAUGCUGGACAUCUCAGACAGUGAGUACAUGUGGAGUGCAAGCUUGGUAAGAGCUGGUUCGACAGUUGGCAAUGAUUCGACUCUGAAGGUGGCUCUACCGAAUGUUGUUAUUAUUACCAAGCCAGUAACUAUCACUUCAGGCAGACCAUUAAUUGAUCCAUGUGGCUAUGUUCACAAUCUUUCAAUCAUUGUUUCUGAUGUCUACAAUUCCGUCAGACGAUCAGGAGUUUCAUUAUAUCUUUCUCAAGAUUGGGACCUUAGUAAAGAAGCAGCACUAGAUUCUAGUGCAACCACAAUUGAUUUAGAAAUUCCAGCAAAAACUGAGUGGAGAGGUUCAUUCUACAUGGAUAAAAAUUUUGUUGAUUUUAACCAGUACUACAGAGUUGUAGCGCUGACAAUUGAAGAGGAACCAUUAGCUCUAAUUUCUGACCACCUCAAACUUGUUUCAGCAUCAAAUAGUGAGGGGUUCACACGCAUUUCUGCACAUGCUGGCCCACCUUCAUAUUUAGAUGUGGACGAUGGCGACUUCCUUGAAACUCUUACAAUAAAAAUAGACGAUCCUGGUGCUUUCAACAAUGCUCUACAGAAUACCGUCUAUGGCUUAGACAUUAAUCUUUGUUGGAAUGACGGUUCGCACUCGCUUCGUGUUUUGACUGCUGUUCCUCCAACUGUCAAAGGCUGGAUUGUCAAUUUGCCACUUCUGACUAGUGACUUUGAGUAUGAUCGGUCGUUCCUCUUUUACGUCCACAUCAUGUCAAGGUCCUUUAAGAAUGCUGGUUCUUCAUCGUACUCUCAAUCUCAAUAUUUUGCUGUUAGUAACGCUUUUGAGUGGUUGCCAGGUUAUCUAUUGCAAUUGGCAGACAAGGGAAUUUGUCUUAGUUACGAUAGCGUGAAUCUCACAGUCAUUAUCAGGGGUUGUAAUGCUACUGAUAUUAAGCAAAGAUUUGAAUACGAUCCUGUCAGCCAUCUUAUCAAAUAUGUGGGUGUAGCAUCACAAGGUGGCAUGUGUCUUCGAACUCUACAGCCAUCUGGAUUUAAAUUAGCAAGUUCACCUGUAGAAUUGAAGGUGUCUCCCUGCAAUGCUCAAGACCAAGACCAGAUCUUUCACACAAACUUCAGAUCUUGUUCAACAAAGAGUUGCCAAUACGUCGUUUACCAAAACAGAACAGAAGCUACUUUGGUACCCGGAAGCUCUACUAUGAAAACACGCUGCCUGGUGUUCCUUAACUCAAAGCCAAUGAUGAGACUAACAACAGGGUUAUUUUCGAUUUGCAAUUAUUGGAUAUCUGCAGGGUUUCCAGGUGGUGGACGUGAUAUUGGUGUGAGAACACCAGAAUACAGUUUGUGCUGGACUGUCGUCUCUCAAGCAGUCAAACUAGCUACAUGCCAUGCAUCAAAGAUAACCCAGAAAUUCACAUAUAGUCGCAACCGCAUACUACAAGUGUCAGAUGGCACAAGCACAUUGUGUGUUGAUUCAUUUUCACUCAGAGUUGCUGCCUGCGACAAACCUGCCAGAAAGUUUGUUUAUGAUCCAUUAACAGCACAGGUUGCAGUUAUUUCUGGUGAUGGGACAGUGCUCAAGUGCUUAGAUGCCCGCGGUACUAAUGGACUAGGCAAUCACAACUGUUUGGGUAUCAACGUGCGAGAUGAUAGAGACAUCGUCAUGUACAGUUUUGCAUUUUAUGGUUCUGUCUCGGUUCAAAAUGCUAUUCGUGUGAUGGCACCACGGGCUUCUCGCGAGUGGUUCGUCAACAGUGCUACUGGUGCAGUAGCAGGAUUUGUUUCAUGGGAUGCAGCCAAUACAGAGAGUGACUUGGAGGUUUGGAUUAGUCUUGUGUACGAGAUGAAUAGUAUGCAGUCUCCAACAACGACGGCUAUUGGACGCUCAGUGCUGUCUCAGAGUCACCGUAACAGUGGAUUCUACGGCUUCGAGAGUCGAGAGAUGUCUGCAGGCAACGAGUUGUUGCAGGUUGAGGUACUUGUACCGGGAAAGCCACCAGCUACUAGUGACUUAUUUAGGAUCCACGCUGGUCGUCUUGAACUUAUUCGUCCAACUGCACUGGAAUAUGAUUAUGUCGCAAAGAAGUUACGCGGGUCAAUGACCUGGAAGUACAUGUCUGCUUCUGGUGGUCCCAACUCUGUGGUGGACAUAUUCCUAUACUGGAGCCCUCAGCCAGUCAAUAUAACUUGGAUAGGAAACAAUGGUGUGGCUUCAUGGAUCAAUGUCAAUGAGUUCUACACAGGAGAUCACUAUGAUUUGAUGUACUCAUUUCGUACACCUGAUAGUCAAUCAUGUCAUUGCUUACAGCUGGCAAAUGGAAUCACGUCAGAUAGUAAUGCCUGGAAUGCUGCUGUUGGUGUUGACUUAUUGUCAGUAGGAGUUCUUCAAGCAGAGAGUUAUGCUGUUGUGGUGGUGUCUCGGCCACAGUUUAUGUACUCAUGGGGCACAGCUAGCAUAACUCUAACAAAUCUGUGCAACGACUCUCUUGGACCAGAAGAUGGUCAAAUUUCCGACAGUCAAAUCAAAGCUUCUUCUAGUGUACCCACAAGCACCGACCUCAGACUGAACUCAAUGAGUGGCUGGAAACCAAGUAUAGGAGCUGAACCUUAUUAUGUAGAGAUCUCUUUCUCCUCUCCAGUAAUCAUAUCAGCAGUGGCCACACAAGGUGUCGAUGAAGUUGUAGAGCGUUGGAUAUCUCGUUUUCAUUUGCUCUAUGUCAGCAGUGGAUUGACACCGUACAACAGAAAUGGGAAACUCGUGGUUUUUGAUGGUAAUGUAAAUGGAAAAGAUAUUGUAUACAAUAAGCUGCCAUACCCAAUUGAAGCAGUUGCCCUCCGGUUGGUUGCUGAUGAUUGGGGCAAGAGCAGAGGUCCCGGACUUCGUAUGGAACUCUAUGGAUGCAAUGUGUCUGAUGCUCUGGCAUCUUUCACUACUAAUACGAUGCCUCCAACAAGUGCUACAGCAAACAGUUUGCCAGGAAGUCCAAUUGGCAAAGCAACCACCAGACCCCCUAAGAAAGGUUCUGACUCAAACACUGUGAUCUACAUCGGUGCUGGUGUUGGAGGCGUUGUUAUCCUUGUUGUUGUUGUAUGUAUACUGCUAUGCUGCUGCUACUAUCAACGUAACAGCCAUGGCUCAGAAGACAUAUCCAAGCCUUAUACACCAAAACGAGUCUCAGUUACCAGUGACGAGCUUCUCAUCAAGCAUAGUCAAGAUUCAAAUCAGCAAGGUGCUGAUUCAGUAGUCCGAUAUGUUCGUGACACGUCUCAAACAAAGCCAGUCGAUCGGAGUGAUGCAUACCUCACAGUAAUGGAGAAUCCAGCAGCCGACAUCAAUGACAGUUACAUCGACUUGGAUGACGUCGUCGCAAUCAAACAGUUUGCAGCCGGCACACAAUCGGCACAAAUCAUAAGCCGUCAGGACUUGGAAUUAGGUGAGCUGAUGGGAUCAGGCGAAUUCGGCAACGUUUACAGAGGAAAGUGGAAGACCAAUGGAGCCGAAGUGGCUGUCAAGGCUCUAAAAGCCGAAGUGAGUAUGAACGCGAGGGAAGACUUUCUGCGGGAGGCAUCAGUGAUGUGCAGCUUGGAUCAUCCCUACCUGGUCGCUUUGCUCGGUGUAUCACUCGAGCAACCUCUGCUGAUUGUAACUGAGUUUGCAAUCUAUGGUGCCUUGCAAGACUACUUGAGAAAGAGAAAUCCUCGGAUGGAACUGACUCCAAUGGACGCUGUCCAUUUGGAUCAACAGUUGAAGUAUGCGGGACAGAUUGCUAGGGCCAUGAAUUUUUUGGCAAAAAAACGUUUAGUUCAUCGAGAUCUGGCAGCACGAAAUGUCCUCGUUUUUUCUCCCAAUGUAGUCAAGGUGGCCGAUUUCGGUCUGUCUCGUACGUUGGAAACCGAUCGUGACUACUACACAACCAUCCAGACGACUAAGUUACCACUAAAGUGGAUGGCUCCAGAAUGCUGGAACAAAGGCAAAUUCACGCCAUUAUCAGACGUGUGGAGUUUUGGUGUCACUCUGUGGGAAAUUAUGUCUUACGCUGCUCGUCCAUAUUAUGGAUUGCAGCCACAAGAUGUUAUUGCAUAUGUGGAGGCUGGGAAAUGCCUUGCAAAGCCUGAUAGUUGUCCAGACGCUGUAUACAAGAUCAUGCAGUCUUGCUGGAAAUUUGAUCCACACGAGCGCAUCACGUUCGAAGAGUUGAGUCAGAAACUAGGAUCGGAGCAAUAUGUUGAUGUUGCAACUCAGAGUAGGCGAUCGCGUGGAGUGGCAGGUCCGGUGAUGAUUGAUUAUAGUGCACUGACUAUGGGAAAGGAUCUCGGCGAAGGAGCUUUUGGUUCUGUGAUGCAGGCAUCGUGGAAACAACCGGAUGGGACAAACAAAGAAGUAGCCGUAAAGAGCAUUAGUCAAGAGGCCAGACCAAACGAUCGAGACGCUUUUUUGAAAGAAGCGUCCAUGAUGGUCUCACUACGGCACAGAAAUAUUGUUCAAAUGCUAGGCAUCAGUCUACCUCCAGGCACAAAAAGCCUGUUGGUUGUCUCCGAGCUGAUCCCACUCGGCAAUCUACUGGAUUACUUGAAGCGCAACCAAUUGCAGGACUCAAAACUGAAGAUGUUUGCACAACAAAUUGCCUCUGGGAUGGCAUACCUAGAAGAAGCUCGUAUUAUACACAGAGAUCUAGCGGCUCGAAAUGUCCUUGUUGCAGCUUCUGAUAUAGUCAAAGUCAGUGAUUUUGGCAUGUCAAAAGCAUUAGGAAUGACCCAGGAGUACUACAGAGUAUCGGGUCCUGACAAAAUUCCCAUCAGAUGGGUCGCCCCCGAGUCUAUUCUCUACUUCAAAUUCAGCAAUAAAAGCGACGUGUGGAGUUUUGGAGUCACUAUGUGGGAGAUGUGGUGCGGAGGUGCAAUGCCUUGGGCGGGUGUUGCGACGACCGACCUGGUGAUGAUGCUCGAGUCUGGAAAACGUCUGGAACAGCCUCGAGGAAUUUAUAACGACCAAGCGUGCUGUGAAGACGUGUGGAGAAUAAUGAACGCCUGUUGGCAGUAUGAUCCAAACGAUCGGCCUGACUUUGCACAAUUGAAAGAGCAACUCACUGAGCUGUGUGGGUAGUAAGCAAGUUGCAUUACUUAUUGAGUUCUGUAGGACUAAAGUGUAAUGCCAGGAAGGUGGUUUGUAUGCUUGUAUGUGUUCACUAUACUUUAUGUGACUUUUACUCACUAUUGAAAUUGAAUGACUAUUAGUAAUUUAGAGAUAAAUAGUUUCCCAUGUCUUUUGCUUCAGCUAUGCAA